AUGGGUGUCAGCUUCCACACCAAUGUGAUGAAGUGCUCCUUCAGGCAGUGGCUGAGAGUCCUCUCCUACACUGGGCGCCGGGCAAAGGAGGACAAGUCCUCUAUACUUGUCCUGCCUCCUUGUGGAGAGCAAGGAGUGAGGGCGGAGAGUGGUGCACUUGUUGCUGAAGAGGAAGACAUUAGAGAGAGUCCAGUCGCAGAGCCUCGAGCACUGCAGAGCGAUGGGGAGCAGCUGGAGGAGGGGGAAGGCAGCCGAGCAGGAUCGCCGCGCUGGCCUCCCCGUGUUCUCCCUCUGCAAGUGGCUGCAGCAACUGUGCCUGGAGCAUCGCACCGAGUGCUGGCCGUGAUCGCCGCCGGGAAAGCCGUGGGUGCAGGCACGGAGAGCCACCGGCAGGAGCUGCUCACCGUCCGGAGAGACCUCAUCACGCCGGACUUGCUGCCUCAGCUCCACCUUCACUGGCUGCUCGAGGAUGGGAUCUGGGCCACACAAGAGGGCAGUGACUUCUUCACGGAGCUGGAGAUUGUCAUCCAAGGGUUAAGUCAGAUUUGUAGUGCUAGGCUCUCUCUGGAGAGCUGCAUCACCACCUUUGCCUGGCACUACAAAGAGUGUUCUAAGAUCCCUCCUGAUGCUGUGACACUCUCUGCUCCCCAUACUGAUCACUGUGCUGCUCAGGCAGUUUCCCAAAAUCUGCCUAUUUCAGACUCACCUCUUGCCCCUCUGAUGUGCCAGAGUAACACAUCCCAGAGCUCUGGCCAGGCUUCCCCCACUGUGACAGCAGCCCAUCUCCCUGAGGCCCUUCAGUGUCAGCUUCCUGAAACACCUCAUGCUCUUCUCCAGGGUGAGCCAACAAGCUCGUCCCUGUAUCCUGUGGUAAAACUGGAGGCCACAGAAACCUCAGAGGAUGACAGUGAAGAUUGGAUUACCCAAAGGACUGAAGAAAGCAUCAGGCAGUCUUUGAGUGGCAUUUGCACAGAGGCUGCUGCCAGGCUGUGCCUGAGUGAGCUGGCAGUGGUUCAGAAGUCCAUGAAGCUGAUUGAAGCCAGGUAGGACACACUCAGUGUACGGAUCCUGGAGGAUGCCCACCCUGUGGGCAUCUUCGAGGAAGGCCCAAAUAGCUACACUUGCCAUUUCAACCAGGCCUUCCAGCUGCCCUGCUGGCACAUCUUGGCUGUGCUGAAUUCAAACAGGAAGCUCUUGCAGAGGGAGAUGCUCAGUACACCAUGGGAGAGGGGAUGUGAUGGCUAUCAGGCUGCGUGACACAGUGCUGAUGGCCUCUUGGAGGUCCUAAAGAGCUCCUGGAACAAGUCUUUGGAUAAAUCCCUGGUGGUGUCCUUCCUCACAGCAGAGAUCAGCCAGCUGCCUGACAGCAGUGAGGACUUUGAGCACAGGACUCUGUGGGAGCUGGCUAACAGCUGGAUCAGGUCCUACAUUGAGGUGAAGCUCCAGCACCAAGUGGGAGCUGAGCUGGGCACUUCCACUGUGUCCCGUCUUGCACCUUCAUUCCUCUCAGCCUGUCAUUUCCUCGGCGUGGAAGGGGCAGUUUGGGUCCUUGAUCUGCUGAGUGAGCGUCACUUCUUGCACGGGGCAGCAGAGGAACUGGACUGGGAGCUCCUGAUCCUGCAGGAAGGGUAACAGUCACUGACCUGGCUAGCAGCUGUGGCCAGGAGCCAGCUCUGGGUGGUGCAAUGGGGGAGGUGCUGGUAACAUAGAAUCUGCUGAGUUGGAAGGGACCCAUUGGGAUUGUGUCCAACUCCCAGUCCUGUGCAGGACACCACAAAAAUCCCACCAUGUGCCUGAUAGCAUUGUCCAGAUGCUUCCUGAACGCAGACAGGCUUGGUGCCACGACCACUGCCCAUGGGAGCCUGUUCCAGUGCUUCCCUUGCUGGCAGUGCUGUGCCUGAUGCACCCCAGGACAGGGCUGGCCCUCCAGGCUGCCAGGGCCCUGCUGACUCAUAUUCAACUUGGCAUCAACCAGGA